AUGUCUAUCGUACCAGUCGAAGUAGUGUCUGCACCGGCAAUGAGCAAGAACCUGCUCUCAGCCGCGAGCUCUGAAACAUCAACUUGUUUGGACCUUUCGGAUCACUGGACCGUGCUUCUUAAGGCCUUUCUCCGUCUGGAUACGCAAUUCGCCGAGCGGGCGACAAGGAGUCCAGACGAUGGCAGAGGCGAUAUCUUCAUGUACAGCUGGCAGGAAGAGAGACUUUGCGGUCAAGGCGAACAUCUGAUAGCAGAUUCGGGCACCGAUAUGAUGGCAGAAGCUGAAGCGUCCAUGAGAAUUGACCCGGAAAAGCAGGAGGUACAUAAAGUGCCCAAAGCCAUCACUGCUAGACAUCAUCAAUUCCAGAGGAUCACAUUUUCGACCGCGAUAACGCUUGAUUAUGCCAGCCAUCUGGCUGAUAUUGUGGAAUCUGGCGAGGUCAAGGGCGUGAGGAAGAUGGUCACCAUUGACGACCUCAAGCGAGCCAUUCCAUCCACCUGCUUCAAACCGACCUACACUAAGUCGCUAUUCUUCCUCGUCCGUAACUUGCUCGUCAUUAGUGCCUUUGGGAUAGUCGCCUGGUCGUAUAUCCCGCAGAUUCAAUUCACUGUUCCUCGCUAUGUUGCUUGGGUCUUUUACGGCUACAUACAAAGACUUGCAUUCACCGGUUUCUGGGUAAUUUGUUUUUGGCCACGAGUGCGGUCAUGGUUCCUUCUCCCCUUCGAAAUUGCUGAACAACACUUUCGGCUGGGUCAUCCACUCCUCUUUGAUGGCCCGGCACUUUACAUCACUGGAUCACAUCUAUUACCCAGCUCCAUCACAUCUAUCCUGGAGUUCCACAGUAUCGGCCUGAGAUUUGGACUUUCAUCAAGGGUGCUUUGGCAACAGUCGAUCGCAACUUGGGUUUUGCUGGGCAGCACAUGCUUCACAACAUUGCCGACUACCACGUUAUUCACCACCUUUUCUCCUAAUCGCAUUCCGCAUUACUACGCGAAGGAAGCCACUGAAGCUAUUCGGCCACUGCUCGGCAAACAAUACCAUGAGGAGCGCGGCAACUUUAAUGCUGCCAUGUGGGAUUCGUUCCACAAGUGCCAGUGGGUCAAGGCAGACGACGUCGAAGGAUGA